CGGGACUGGAAGGAAAUGGCUGACACCUGGAGCUGAAAGGGCGUGGUUCCUCCCAUCUCUGCCCCAGGGGACGGCUUGGCCCUCCCCAUAGCCUGCUAAGACUCGCCCCAAUUCCGGACCUGAGCGGCCCGACCCUGCGGCGCCACUCCCCACCCCGAGCGGACUUCGGAACAGGCCUGGGACCCACGGGCGCCGAAACCCGGGAGGACGCGAGCCCGGCGGGUCUGUGCCCGGCGAGGAUGCGCGCUCUGCCUGCCCAGAACGCGUCUGCCGGCGAGCAGCCGCCUCCCCCGGACUCCGAGGCCUUGCGGGACGCGCACGCAGUGCGGCCGGCGCGCAGGAGCGCGGUGGAGAGGCUCGCUGCGGACCGCGCCAAGUACGUUCGAGGCCUGCCGGGGGCCCAUCUGGACCCCGCUUCUGAGGGCCGCAGCCCUGGGACGCCCGUGGGGCAGCGCUGUGACCCGGCUGCUGCGGCCCGCGUCCCCGCGCCGGUGGCGCGCAGGGCUAUCGCGCGGAAGUCUCUGAGGCCUGACUCACUAGUCAUCUACCGGCAGAAAUGCGAGUUCGUCCGAGGGCCGGGUACCGACGGCCCCAGGGGAGGCCUGGUGAAGAAACUUUUCCAGGGACCGAGCAAAGACAAGGCGCCGGAGUCCUUCCAAACGCCCGGGGCGGGGGAGGAGAGCCAUGCCCGCGGCAGGGAGGCCGCACCCGCAAAGCCUUUCCUGGUGGCUGCGACUGCGGCCCCAGUCGGUGCCGCGGGCCCAGAGCCCGGGGACCCCGCCCUGCCUUCAGCAGCGACCCCGGGGGGCCAGGCUUCGUGCGCUGGUAAGGAGCUGCUGGUGGCCAGACGUCGGGGGCUUCAGCGCUCGCAGUCAGACCUCGGCUCCCGCUACUCCCUGGCCAAGGCCGAGUUUGACACCUUCUUCCUGUACUGCGGCCUGGAUCCCGAGGUGGUAGAGGCUCUUGGGAAGGACAACUUCUCCGCAGGGUCCGAUUGUGUCGCCCUCAAGGUGCGUAGCGUAAGUGUGGCCACUUUCGACAGUGGCUUCUCUCGGCACAGCGACGAGGUCAACGAUGGGCUGCAGGAGGAGGAGCUCGUAGAGCAGGUGCCCAGCACUACCUCCGUGGUCGAGAGAAAUGCCCGCAUCAUUAAGUGGCUGUACACCUGCAAGAAGGCCAAGGAGACCCCCAGCCAGGGGCCUGCUUGAAGGCCUGCGUCCAAGGACACCAGGACCUCAGGAAACAGACCUUCCUGGUGACAAAAGGACCCCUUGAUGUUCUGGAUGACUUGAAACCCCAGGCCAUUUGUGCAGUGUGCCUCAAGGACACAUGACUACUGCUUUUCUGGGAAUGGAAUAUCCUGCUGACAAAGCUUGCUGACUGCAGAAGGGUUGGCAUGCUGAGGAGGAGGUAGAAAGGUGAUGGGAGAUUUGCCCAGGGUAUCGUUUUUACUGACUUGGUGACAAAGAGAUACUACAAUGCAUUUUUACAAUAUUUAAUUUCUUUUUAAACAAAAAGGAGAAAAGCAUGAAAUUCAAGCAUGAGUGGCAUGUUACUUAUUCCUUUUGACUGGUUGGUCCAGGUAAAGUUCUGUAACCACCAAGAAGCUUUCUGGUUCAAUGCUGUGGCUGACAGCAGACACACUUGGUCUUCAAAGCUUCACUCUGAACUACAAAGCACCACUCACUACCAACUGAAUUUUCCCAAACAGCAUGACUGAUCGUCUUCUUCCAUGAGUGAGGAAGCACAUUUAGAAUCCCUCCAGGACAAUAGGGUCAAUACCACUCCCUACUGCUAGGUAGUAGCCAUGUGGAAAGAUGCAGAAGAAGAUAUACAGAAGCAAAGGUCUUGCUUAGUAAAGAACUUUAUUGUCCCUGGACAGUUUCCUGAGAGUUGGUGAAGAUUCUUUUGGUCCUCUUGUCGGGUCUGAAGUGGCAUUCCCAAGCAGAAUGCAGGCAGUGCCCCCAUUCUCAUCUGCAGGGGAGAGACAUCUGGCCCACAUGCACAUGACCCCAUGAAACAGGAGCUCUUCGUGGCCCAGGCCCUGGUCUAGUGCACACUCCACACACCAUGGACUCACCUGGAUUUGGCAUCGUUCCCUCUGCAGAAAGCAUGUUUUACAGGCAGGGAUGGGAUCUGAUAUUGGGAGACUCCGGGAUCUGCAUGUACAUGGGAGCUGCUGGGGCCCUGACUUAACAUGCUCAGGGAAAAGGGGUCACAGAUUCGGAACCUUUCAAGGGAAUCUUCUGUCCCUGAGAACCAAAAGAGAAUUUGUCACCUAGUCAACUCUUUGAAAGCUUACCACAUUUUAUCAAAAUAUAUCUCUUCAAAAACAAAAUUAUUCAAGGGAAGAUUGUGGGAAGAAAUGGAUAUCUCAAUUAUAACAUUUCAUAAUAAUAACAUUUUAAUAUAUUCAUGUAUUUGCUUAAAAAUUGUGACUGUUUUAUCGUGAGAGCAGAUCUCUGAGUUUCGGUUGCUAGUCUCUGGGCAGUUUCACUUUACUUUGUGUGGCCGUCAGUAUAUCAUUUCUGUUGUAGAUUAGUUUCUUCUUGUCUUGUGACUGCAGUGGAGUGCUGGCCACUCUGCAGGGUGCUCAGUCCUGUGGUUUGUUUCCACAUGGUUCCAGGGAAGAGUUGAGAAGCAGCGCCUGUUUGAGAACGUGUGCCCUGGUAAUUGCUCUGCAGUGCUGCUGUUUUGCUGUUCACUGUAUUUCAUUUAGUGUAAAGGACAUCAAAGGUGAGAUCUUUCAUAUACCCACAUCUCUCAUUUCAGAUGUCCCACUAAUUUUAUAUGUGAAUGCUUUAACUGAACCCUGCAUGCCUUUCUGCUGUCAGAACAGAGUGACUGACAGCCGAGGUCACACUCGCCUUUCAUAAAAUGGAUGAAAAAUAUGAAACCAAUUGGUUUCCACUUGAAGCCCCCAACAUCUUCCAGAAUCAUCUUUGCUUUCAGUGGUGGUAUGGGAAAGAGAGGAGUUCACUUGAAGUGAAUCCUGGAAGCAGAUACCAGAGGGGAGGCCUGGGGAGUGGAUAGCAAGUGGUGUUAGUGCAGAGGAAGCAACCUGGCUGCCUUACCCCUCCAGAUGCAUUCCUCAGCUGCAUGUGCGGGUGUGUGGCUGCAGGGAGACACUCUGUCCUAGCCCUGAAUUGCCCCAAUUGCUGAGCACCUGAGAGUCCAGCUGCUGCUCCAUCUACUUACAUUCCACAAGGCUGAGCCACAGGGACUGCUGCAAGAGUCUUUCAAUUGUCCAUGAAAGAGUGUGCACACAUAUAAUGGGAUAAAAAGUCAGAAGGGAGACAAUGAUGGUAGAGCAAAGAAGGUAACUCAACCUCUUCCUCUGUGGUUGCAGACUAGCACUGCCCCAGGUGUGCACGCACUGUUCAGCUCCCUCAUUCUACAUGCAUGCAAGCAUUUACAGCAGGCCAUUGGACUCUGCCACGCCCAGUGGUUCAAGGUUCAUACUUGCUGCCCAUGGUGCCCUAAAACACCAUGCCACAGAGUUGCUGGAGAUAUUUCUAGUAGGUCUUUCCUGCACACACUUGCAGCCAGAGAGCAAUAUUUUAUACUCUGUAUUAAAGAAAUAAAGUAUGUUUUGCAUCUCCAUCUGUGAGCAAGGUCAAACUUUCCUGAAGGGAGAAUGUGCUCAUUGUAAUCCAGAAUCCCUCCAGUCUGCGUUUCUGCCUUUCUUCUGGAAUGUUGCCUCCUGGGCUACCAGCAGCAGUAGAGGAAGCACCCCAGGCUUGGUCUAGGUGGCCCUUGGGCCACCCGAGAUGAGCUGCAGUGAAAGCCACAUGGAUAUUUAGCACUUUGUCUUGCACUGUUUUAUCAGUCUUUUGCUUUAAAAAGAUUUUAUGUUUUACUAAUAUUACCACUGGAAAUCUGGCAUAAAAAUGAAGGCAAUUUUUACCUUUCUCUUGAGCUCUCUCAGGGAGGGCAAGCCCUGCUGUCUUGGGCUUUGUGUGGAUUGGCUGGUAGGCAGGUAAGGGAGCCUGUCUGCUCCUGCUGCACUGCCCAAGCCAGAUGGGUUUCUUUCCAGCCUUGCAACAGCUAUGUCUAAUCUAUGCCAGCACUCACAGAUGGGCCUUCUUAAAGAGAGUAAGUGCCUCAACUCCAUGUUUUCUUGAAGAACUCCACCACCCCCAUGGCCACCUAAUAGCAGUGGUCAUACUUUUCAGUUACCUCUUGAAAUUUCAAGAAGCAAUAGAGUUACACACAGUGGCUAGCUGUUUGAACAUUUUGUGUUCACUGAUGAAUUAGAUACAUUUACACAAUCUUUACGUGUUCCAGAUUGAAUAUCAAACAAGUAGGAAAUUGAAUGUCUCAGCCUGCAGCUUGUAGGCUUGGCCUUGGGAGUAGCAGGGAGCAGCUGCCGGGGACAAGUCACAGAAGCACCAGCAAGUGUGCCGCCUCCCUCAUCACCUCUGUAUCUGUGCCUCAGACUCUGAGUAACUGAUAUCAUUAGGUUAUCUCCUUCAAAAUAGUCACUAACAUUGGAAUGCUGUCUUAAGAGGAAGCUACAUUAAGCCAUUAAUAAUGAUUCACCUUUGAGUGAAAAUAGAAUAUUAAUUUCUUUAGAAAUUGAGAAUCAACUAGAGGCUCAGACACAGAGAAAACUGGGUUCUGGCUUCAGUAGACCCUAUGAGGUGCUCAAUUUGAGCUUAAGUAGGACUUUUAAUUACAUAAGUUCCAGAACAGGAAAUUAUAAAAUUAAUUAAACCCAAAUCCUUGCUGUUUA